UCUACGGACCAUGCGCAGUUAAACCGGUCUUUAUUUACAAAACACGUCUCAGUUGGAGUUCGAGCGUCUUUCGAAUGAUGGGACUGGCUAAAUACCGGAAUUUAUUUUAACAAUUGUCACAAAACGGUCAUAUUUCGAUAAUGAGAUAUCGCCUUUAACAAUACAGUGUCCGUACAAUCGCCUGUGGAUUAUGCGUCUUAUAAAAUCUUUGAAAUAAGUUUGUAUUCAAGUACUCGUUCUUAACCAAAAAUAAAAUGAAGACAAAAAGCGUUAACAGUUUAAUAUUCGUCAUAAGCGCCAUAGUUUUCUGCUUACAAGCGGUCGGAUAUUUUGCACCGGCAUGGUUUGUCCAAGAGGUCGUGUACAAUCAUGAUAUCAAAGGUAUUUUAGCUGAUGGUCGCCGUUUCAAGUUGCCAUAUUUUCAAAACUCUCAUCAAGAUUCCAUGGACAUACCAAAGUUUGCUGAACCAAGUGACUAUGGCGACGAAGAUAAGAUGUCCACGAUUAGCAAUAGUAAUACUCCGGUCAAAGAUGUAUCGUCGCGUAGAAAAAGGGCCGUAGUAAAGCCCGCCGUUACAAGCGAAAAACUUACUCCUGGGACAGACUGUAUCGGAAGUGACUGUCCGAGUAUAAGUCAAAUCUCUGCAAAUGGAAAUGGCCAUUUUUUAUUGGGAAAAACCGAAGCUCCUCCGAAGACGUCGUUGUCACCUGUAAAUAUGAUUACAAGCGGGAGUGAAACAAACAACAAAAAACAAAUGCGCAUGCCCGAGAACAAAAAAUCGUCUUUGCUGUAUAUAACUGCCGGUCUUUGGUAUAGCAGAGCUUGUAUAACAACAACGGAGCCUGAUUCCGACGGCGACGGGAACAAUGAUAUGCAGUGGUGUACACUGUACUCGAGGUUUGACGACAAUACAUUAGAAAAGAGGAUGAAUAUUUUUGAGCUGAGACUUGAGGCCACACUGGGGAUUGUGUUCAGCGCCAUGUGUUUGUUUAUAUCCAGCACAGCGUGCUGUUCUCACAGGCAUCACGGACGUCGGGCACUGUCUUCUUUGGCGUCGCUUUUUAUUUCAGGAGCAAUAACAGCUGUUCCUGUUGUGCAUAUUGUGAUACAACACGUGCAAAUACACGAGAAAAUCGUGCGGCCCCGGAAAUGGAUGCAAUUGACUAAAAUGAUGCACCGACAACAUGACCUUUUCGACCAUUACUCUGUAAUUUUGUGUGGCGUAGCCAGUCUACUGUCCGUGCUUUCAGCGUUCAUCAUCACGAUUAUCUCGUGCAGAAGUAACUCCAAACCUGACAACUGGUACAGCUUGAAUCGCAGCGUGCACGAGGAGAAGGACAGCAAGCACGAGUUACCGAUAAACUGGGUCCACAAUAGCAAGAUCACCGUGCCACCAGUUUCAGAAAUCAAAGAUGAAACUAAAGAAGAAUCAGAAAGUGGUUACAGCGAAGUCAAAGAUGACGUCAAAGAAGAAGCUACGUCAUCAGUCCACGACGGUGGCUCUAUUGGCAAUGACUGCGACACACUUGAGUUCGAUCCUAAGGAAAUGACUACUUUUGAUAUGUAACACGUUAACAUUACAGUAGUUUAAAAACUGCCGGAAAUAUAUAUGAUUGUUGAAGGUGGAUAUAGAUAGAAAUUUAAUUGUUAUUUUAACAUGUUGUCUUCAUGUUACAUAUAUCAACUUAUAAUCUUUAUAGUUUCAAUCACUUUUAAACAUUGUUUUUAAAUAAUCACCCACGUGCUCCAUGGGGUUGUUCACAUGCGAAAUUCUUCACUAAAAUUCCAAUUAAGACUUUUUAUGGGUACAUGUAGAACUUUACGCUGAAUAAAUAACUUACUUCUGGAAUAUGUAUACACGUGAUAAUUAUGAUUAAUUCAAUUUAAUUAAGUUCAUCUACUUAUUUCUUACAUACUCGUCGAUGAUUGGCUGUUUGACAGAUCACGUGAAGGUGACAACCUAUUGUUGGUCGUCAGAUCCUAAUGCUUAUCGUUAUUUAGGAGCU